AUGGAGACAGGUACAGAGGCUUAUAUCCGAUAUGAUCCUGCAAAAGAAACAGCAUGGGUCCAUGCGAUCCUGGAAACUCUGAAAAGUGCGAAACGAAACUAUGCAAAGGUUGCAUCGAAACAAUUGGUGACCAUGCUCUUGAUUGUCAUUGCAAAAACGGACAUUAUGCCCGCCGUUUCUGAAGUACAAACCUGUUACGCAGGAGUGGGUUUAAUGAACAUGAUGGGAAAUAAAGGUGGCGUGGCUAUUCGAUUCCGUUAUCACGAUUCCUAUCUGUGCUUUGUCACCAGCCAUCUGGCCGCUUUUUUGGACAAGACUGAGAAACGCAAUCAGGAUUUUACUGAGAUCUCCAAACGCUUGUUUUUUCCCAAUCAGUUGGAUCCCAUUACGGAUUACGUCAAUUACUCUUGGAACAAUGGUGGCGAUGAAGGCGUUGCUUUCUUGGACUCCAAUGGCGUCAUCCGUCCCUGGUCGAAAGAAGUCUCCAUUUUCCAUGCAGAUCAUUUGAUCUGGGUAGGCGAUCUCAAUUACCGAAUUAAUUUGACCGAACCAGAGAUCAAGGCACGAGUACAACGUGGUGAGUUGGACCUUUUACUGGAAUACGAUCAGCUAUCCAUCGAGCGACAAGCGGGCAGAACUUUUCCCAUGUUUGAUGAAGGCAAAAUCAACUUUUUACCUACCUACAAGUAUGACCCAGGCACCAAUCAGUACGAUACAAGUGAGAAGCGCCGAGCACCUUCCUGGACGGACCGCAUCUUGUGGAAAAAGAUGACCGUGGAUGAUUCGGCAGACGACAACGAGAAACCAACGUCGAAAUUGAAACUUCUCGAUUAUAACAAUUGCAUGGAGAUGAUGGUCAGUGAUCACAAACCCGUUCGCGCUUUAAUGCAGGCCAAGAUACGAAAAAUCAAUGAAAAGAAACAAAAAGCCACUCGAGAAGAAUUGAUCCGUCAGCUCAAAGAGACGCAAGACAAUUUGACCAAGGGCCAGAUUUCUACGUCGUUUGUCGAUUUUGGCGAUGUUCAAUUUUUGGAAUACAAGGAGAAGAAGAUUGUUCUGGAAAAUACCGGCCAAGUGCUGGCGCCGUUCUGUUUUAUAUCCAAGAUGGAUCAAGACAACGUGUGCCCGCCCUGGCUUCAAAUUCAGCCCUUGUCAGGCGUCAUUGGCCCCGGUGAAAAAGUGGUAAUUCAAUUCGAAUUGAUGAUCGAUCCCACUUUUUCGCCCCCUUUCAACCAAGGCCAAGAGAAAAUUGACGACAUCCUCGUGCUGCGUUUAGUCAAUGGCAAAGAUUUCUUUAUCGUGAUUUCCGGUAACUACAUUCCCACCUGUUUCGGUAUGCCGCUGGACAAACUCGCCCAGAUGACGGUGCCUGUGAACCAAGUCUCCCUGGGCGCCGUGACCGCCAAAGAGCAACCCGCCUCACCAGCCCAAGUACGACCACAGCAAGCAAGCCUGCCAAAGGAAUUAUGGCGCGUCUUGAAUUUCUUGUGGAAUAAAAAUAUGUUGUGCAUUACCUCUCUCUUUUUGAAGCACGGGGACCCUGUAAUUUCAAAGUAUAUCCGAAAAUGCCUUGAUACCGGUGAACAGUUCGAUAAUUCGGUUUUACUGGGCGGAAGCAUCGAUAACGAUGAAGAUGAAAGCAACGAUGAUACCAGCACUUCCAACGACAAUGCGCACAAGGAAGCCAUUGGCGCCAAUUCCAUGAUCGAUGUAUUGAUCGCGUUUCUAGAAUGUCUUCCCGAACCGGUCAUACCUAGCGACCUGUAUACACAAGCCUUGGAUGCUGCAGAUAUGGUUGAAGUCAUGUCACUGUUGAGAGAGAAUUUGCCGGCCAUUCAUUUUAAUGUUGUGCUGUAUAUCAUUGAUUUCCUCAGAGAUGCUAUUCGCUAUGCUCCCUCAGAGUCUCGCGAUGAACGUCGAAGAUUCAUUGUUGAAAAAUUCACUGUAUUACUGCGACCGCCCAUCGGCUUCAAGGAACGCAAUCCAGCUUCCGCUCAACUAAAACGCAUUGAUUUCAUUCGCAAGCUGCUUAAAUCUUCAUAA